CAUAAGUACACAAGGAAAAACUGUAUAUACAUUCAGAAUCAGUGAGGUGGGGGGAAAAGGAGAUACGAAAAGUAGUUAGGCAUGUUGAGUCCAUUGGUCUUACACAGCACACGGUCCCAAUGUGUAGGUCUGCCAAAAGGAUGCAUGUGUUUAUAAGCCACACUAUUUCUAUCUCUUCGGCCCUGCGAAAGGCAGAGGCUUCACUCUUGCUGUUGCUGCACUUUGACAGUGAAGCGGGUGAUGGGUUUGAUGAAGUGGUAAUCGGUGGUGUUACAGUGGGGACACUGGUGCUGAUGGGAGAGUUGGGAGAAGCUGAGGGUUACUGAGCCCGGAUCGAGGAGCUGGUGCCGGCACUUGCUGCACUCCGUACUCGCCUUACAGCAGGGCAGGGACGCAAACAGAUCAUAGUUGUACAUUGUCCCGAUCUGGUGCGCGUUGCCGUUCCAACUCUUGGAGCAGUAGGUACAGGUGACCUUAUUGAUGCCCACCAGGCACUUGAGGCAGACGGCGGAUAGAAACAGGGGGUCGUCGGUCUUGCUCUCAACUUCGUAAGAGCAGGUGUUGGCUUUGAGAGGAGAGAGGUAGAAGGUGCCAUCGAUGAGAGGGAACUGGUCGUAAACAGAGAGGUGUGACCUACACAACACGCAGAGGACCUGGCUAGUUCGGUGGAAGGCAAGACUGGCGAGAACGAAUGAGCGAGUGUCGUCGCCAGCGCCGUACCCGUCAUCCUCCAUCUUGAUGUGGUACGAGUUGACGAGGUGGCGGGGUACGAGACGCUCAAGGAUCUUGUAGCCGGUUCGGUGCGAGAAGGGUUGCAUGUAAGGUGUGCCGUUUUCGCUCGAGACAGAGUCGCUGUUGUUUCUUCCACUCCGUGCGCGAGACCGGACGAUCCCGUUGGGUACCGUCUGGUUAGUGGUGGACAUCUUCUCCCCGAGUGACCGCUUCCGUUUCCGCUUCAGUUUUUCUGCAGUCUCGGCUGACAUGCUAAUGUCUUUCUUUAGCGUCCCCUUUGCACAGCGACAUGUGCACAGUUUGUACACCAGGUCGUAGCCUUUCUUUGUCCACAAGUUCUGUCUUCGUUGCUUCUCCGACCAGUUUCGAGCCCGGCUCAUCCCUCGCAGGCAGCUCAGCAUCUGCUCUUCGAAGCCGACGAAGCACUCGUGGUGCAUCCACUGGCUGUACGGACACUUGUCGUUGCUGCACUGCAUCUUGACGGAGUCCACGUCCGGACUCGCGGGGUCAACGGAGUCCCCCAGGAGGCACGUCUUGGGGGAGCAGCAGAGGGGGAACGAUUCGGGAGGGCCCGCCUUGCUACUCGCGGAGUCUCCUUCGCCAUCACACAGAUCCCACUCGCCGCCCAUUGUCUUGGUUCUGGGUGGAGACAGGUGGGCCUGCAGACCGAAGUCUGAGCCAGAUGACACGGUUCUUCGCCUCCCCUUCUCCUUAGCCAUGGGCAUAGCGCGCACGUUUCCACCCAAGAUACCCUAUUAGCCGGCCUCCACGCAGUUAACCAGUCUCGCACCUCGCGCUCCAAGGAGCUUCUCGAAAUCCCGGCCGGUUUUCCUGAUUCUGUGGACAGUGCGCGGCGGGGAAAGGACCUUCUGCUGGUGGCUAGCACACUUCCAUUUUAGCUUCUCGCUAUGAUUUGGUCCGCCCCACCCAUCCGCCCACGUCCGCGUACCUCCGUAAAUCAGCGAGGCCACGUGGAGCUUUCCGACUUUUUUCGCCAAGGGGACAGGUAAAACGCUGCUCACAGGGCCCCAGCAUGGCGCUCCCAAUUCCGAGAACCGGUCUUGCUACCAUGCUAAAGGAUGGAGCGAGGCACUUUCAUGGACUGGAAGAGGCAGUGUAUCGGAAUAUUAACGCCUGCAAGGAACUGUCUGUGGUGACGCGAUCGGCAUAUGGACCAAAUGGCAUGAACAAGAUGGUGAUCAACCACUUGGAGAAGCUGUUUGUCACUAAAGACACCGGGACUGUCAUCAAGGAGCUGGAGGUGGAGCAUCCAGCAGCCAAGAUGAUGGUCAUGGCCACACAGAUGAUGGAGCAAGAGGUGGGAGAUGGUACCAACUUUGUCAUGGUACUGUCGGGGGCUCUCAUAUCCAACGCAGAGGAACUCCUCAAGAUGGGACUCUCCCCUUCAGAGGUUGCCGAGGGAUACGAGUUGGCAUGCGAGAAGGCUCUCACCAUUUUGCCAGAUUUGGUGUGUCACACACUGAGUGACCUGAGGUCAAAGGAAGAGGUGGUCAGAGCGCUGAGAACCUCUCUGGCCAGCAAACAGUAUGGACAUGAAGAUUUCCUAGCCAGUCUGUUAGCCGAUGCUUGCAUAUCCAUCUUACCAGAGGAUCCUCGCAGUUUCAAUGUUGACAAUGUCAGGGUGGCUAAGAUCCUGGGCUCUGGGGUGCUGGCCACAACGGUCAUGAAUGGCAUGGUCUUCAAGAGAGUGGUGGAAGGUACCAUCGAUCGAGCCACCGACGCCAAAAUCGCCGUGUACUCGUGUCCGUUUGACUCCACGGCAACGGAAACCAAGGGAACGGUACUCCUGAAGACGGCCAGUGAACUCAAGACGUUCAGCAAGGGAGAAGAAGACCUAAUCGAAAGACAAGUGAAUGCUCUGUCAGAGCUGGGUGUAAAGGUGGUGGUGUCAGGUGGGAAGGUUGGAGAGAUGGCCCUCCAUUUUCUCAACCAGUACAAGAUCAUGGUGGUCAGACUACUGUCAAAGUUUGAUCUGAGGAGGCUGUGUAGAGCUGUAGGAGCCACUGCUCUACCUAAAAUGGUCCCUCCUAGCCAGGAGGAGAUGGGUCACUGUGAUGUGGUCGAAGUCCAAGAAAUCGGAGGCACGAAUGUCAUCCUCUUCACUCAGAAGGCUGGCGACAGCCGUAUCGCCACCAUUGUGGUACGAGGGUCGACAGACAACAUAAUGGACGACAUUGAGAGAACCGUGGACGACGGAAUCAACACCUUCAAGUGCCUCACCAAGGACGGGCGGUUUGUUCCCGGAGCUGGGGCCACAGAGAUCGAACUCGCCAGACAGCUUGCUUCUUAUGGAGAGACUUGUCCGGGAAUGGAGCAGUACGCCAUCAAGAAGUUUGCAGAGUCGUUGGAGGCGUUACCUCGUGCCCUAGCUGAAAACUCCGGAGUAAAGGCGAUGGAGGUGGUGAGCAAACUGUACACAAGCCACCAGGCAGGGGACCAAAACUCAGGGUUCGACAUCGAGGGAGAGGGGGCCGCUGUGAAAGACGUGGCAGCUGCCGGGAUCUGGGACCUCUACCUGGCCAAGAUGUGGGGACUCAAACUGGCCACUAAUGCAGCUGCAACUGUCCUCAGAGUUGACCAGAUUAUCAUGGCCAAGGCGGCAGGAGGACCGAAGCCACAAGACAAUCCAGUUGUCAGGGACGAUGAAUAGGGGACAGAGUGUUGCCUGCAUAUCAUGUGUAUAGUAUGCUUACUUGUAUGUGAGGCCAUUGAUUAAAACACGGUUGAUCCUCAGUUAUCAUUUUAACAGACGAAAGGCAGUUCAAUGCAAGUUAGUCGUGACACUUUACCAGCCACAGACACAUAAAUAUACCCAUGGUGUACAAAGGGUUAAAAAAAGUCGGAUGUUUGCAGAUGGAACUGGGCUUCAAUGUCUUCAAAGUUCAAGCGAGGCCAGAUACUAUAUAUGUACUGUGAGACAGAAAAUAAUAGCUGCUAG